UGAAGAUGACGAUGAUGAUGAAGAGUAUUGUGUUGCUGUUGAUGACUGUGGGCUGCUGUGUGUGUGAACCCCAGACAGACUGCGGAGGAGGAGUAGAGUCUUCCAGCAGCUGUGCUCUCUGUUCCGUUACUCAAACCAUCGCCAUGGUAAUGGAGAGGGUGAAGGUUCUGGAGACCAGAGUGGAGAAGAGCGAGAAGGAUGUGGAGGAGCUGAGAGGCCUUAUCGGAGGUCAGCCUCAGGUGGCUUUCUCUGCUGGUCUCUUGGACUCUGGAGCUGAAAACAUCGGACCCUUCACUGUGGCCACCUCACUGAAGUACGAGAAGGUGUACUCCAACACGGGCAACUGCUACAAUCCAUCAACAGGUGUGUUCACUGCGACGGUCAAAGGAAUGUAUUUCUUCCGGUUCUCCAUGUUCAACCAGCAGGUGUCUAAUCCCAAAUCGGUGGUUUACCUCAAGAGGAACAGUCAGGUGGUGGCAUCCGUGUGGGACCUGGGCCCAGGGGACAGCAAUGACACCGGUAGCAAUGCGGUGGUCAUCCCCUUGGAGGUGGGAGACAACGUGUGGGUGGAGCUGCAGCCUGAUAAGGUCAUCUAUGAUGACAGUACACUCUCACUCACAACCCUCAGUGGAUUCCUGCUCUUCCCCAUGUAGACUAGUCUUAAAACAAUACGGUACCAUAUAUGGUUUCAUAUCAGCUGAUUUUACAACUUUCCUUGAGUUACAUAAUUGAGUUUGACCUUUCUUCUUUUCUGCCAGGCAGUCUCUUGGGCGUAUUCAGAUCAGGAAAGUCCGAUAGUUCACUUUCUUUGGUCCAAAUCAAAUACUUAAAUUUUGGUACAGUUCGCUUACAGACUGUGUACAUUUCAGUAAGCGUACCAAACUCGACAACAAAGCCACGCGGCCUGAGAUCGUUCAGCUAUUGGUCAGAAACGACAUGCGCAACAAGUUAAAGUAGCAGCAGGGCUCUAGACUAACUUUUUUUUCUAGGGUGCACCAGCACAAAAGUUAGGUGCCCCCAAAUUUCCAAACACAUUCCAUUGCAGUUUACAAGGUUUUCAAAUGCUUGUGUUGUUGUUAUUGUCACUAUUAUUAUUUUUAUUAUUGUUGUUGUUGUUAUUAUUAGCCUAUGCAUUCCUUAAAGAAAUAAAACGAUUAGGCUAAACUUAUUUUUCUGAUGCAAUAAAGUCUACUUUUACUUU